AUGCCAGCGGCAACAAACAGCACAGCUUCUACCCGUAAAGCCUCUAAUUCUUGCUUUUGCAUAGUCGUUAACAAAGCUUUCAGAUACACAGACAAUGGAGGCUCAACGCUAGGUAUCUCAGGGAAGGACUUUGCGAUAUUAGCUGGGGACACCCGCUCAACGUCCGGGUACAACAUCAACUCCCGUUACACUCCCAAAGUCUACCGCAUAGGGGGCGAUGAUGAUACUGGAAAGGGUGCACAUAUUGUACUCUCGCUCGUCGGUUAUGCAGCAGAUGGAAUUGCAUUAAAAGAGCGCCUAAAUACCACCGUGAAAAUGUACAAAUAUCAACAUGGCAAGGAUAUGACCGCCAAAGCCUGUGCUCAGCGUCUAGCGACGAUUCUUUACAGUAAAAGGUUCUUCCCAUAUUACGUGCAAGCCAUAUUAGGAGGUUUAGAUGAGGAUGGUAAGGGCGCACUCUACAGUUACGAUCCCGUCGGUUCGUAUGAACGGGAGCAAUGUCGGGCGGCGGGUGCUGCAGCAAGCUUAAUCAUGCCCUUUCUGGACAAUCAAGUCAAUUUUAAGAAUCAAUAUAUGCCCGGUUCCGGAGCAGGACAUGAUUUGAAGGCGAAAGAAGCAGAGCCAUUACUACGGGAGGAGGUUGAGCGGUUGGUGAAAGAUGCAUUUACGAGUGCGACGGAGAGGCACAUUGAGGUCGGAGAUGGGCUCCAGAUGCUCGUAGUCACAAAGGAAGGUAUAGAAGAGAUGUAUCACCCAUUAAAGAAAGACUAG